AUGACAUCCUGCGUAGUACAAGUUCAGGAAUUAUCGCGCCGUCUGCUCAAGCGCAUCGAGCCAUCGCUAUCGACUAUCAGUGAUGAAGAGGACAUGGCUGCUGCACGCGACUCGGCAACGAGCGAGACGCUGCUCAAGGUGUGCAAGCAUCAGAUUGAGUCGUCGCCGCGCUCGUCAUUGCCACCAAUUGCACUCCCUCUCGAGCCACUGCAGGAGGAGCUUGUGUUAACUACACCCGUGAGCAGCAAUCACGCUGCCGCACAGUGGCCCAGUGUCGUCGGUUGCGAGGGCGUGCGAAAGGCACUCACGUUUCUGCAGACCUCGCGUCAGCACGCACUCAUGCUCAUGCUACAAAACCAUUGGGAGCGCGCUAUAACCGUGCUAGAGAAGAUUGAGAAGGCUACUGAAAGCGUUAGUGAGCAGCGGCGACAGGUCGUCAUUCAACAGGCCAAUGCUGGUCGAAACUUGCUUGUGGAGAAGAUUCAGGAGCUAGACCUUGCCGCGCCGUGUCGUCUCGUGCGAUUUAGUGACGAGAUUGCUGUCGCUUUUGCGGAUGAGAUGGACCGGAAAUGCGACACUGUAACUGAUCCUGUGCGCGAAGAGAUGCUUGUCCUGCGUGCGUCACGCAAGAUUCCACAGGAGAACCUCUCCGAGUUCUGGAGCUAG